CUCUAAUCUCUUUCAUUUACUUCUCCAUCAAUGGCUGUUACAUCCAAAUCAAUUACUCUCUACAUUAUCACUCACUUAUGUCUAAUUUCUGGCGUCUUAAGUCAACAACAAGAAACCGAGUUUCUUCACCAUGGAUUCUUAAAAGGCAAUAUACUAAACUACGGAUCCACAAAGAUCCUCCCAAGUGGUAUCUUGGAGCUAACAAACACCACGAGGAGGCAAAUGGGUCAAGCCUUCCAUGGCUUCCCCAUACCUUUCAACAACUCUAACUCAUCAAACCCUCUUUCUUUCUCCACAAGUUUCGUUUUCUCAAUCAGCGCACCAGGUCAUGGCCUAACCUUCAUGAUCUCUCCCACCAUGGACUUCACCAGAGCCAUGGCGAGUCAGUUUCUCGGUCUCUUCAACGCUUCAAACAACGGAAACUCAACAAACCGCAUCCUCGCGGUGGAGUUUGACACGGUGAAGUCAAACGAGUUUCUUGACAUCGACGGUAACCACGUGGGGAUCGACGUCAACGGCUUGGUCUCAGUUGAAUCUGCACCAGCUGCGUUUUUCUCAAACCGGCAUAUCAAGAAUAUAACCUUGAAGCUUUCUAGCAAAGAUCCGAUUCGGGCUUGGAUCGAAUACAAUGGAGUGGAGAUGGUUCUUAACGUCACAUUGGCUCCUCUUGACAUUUCUAAACCUAAACUUCCUCUUUUGUCAAGAAAGAUGAAUCUUACAGAGAUUUUUAACGACAAGAUGUAUGUCGGAUUCUCAGCAUCCACGGGAAACAUGACGAGUAAUCAUUAUGUUAUUGGAUGGAGCUUUAGUAGAGAAGGCAAAGCAAAAGAGUUUGAUCUCACUCUACUUCCUUCAGUUUCAGCCCCAUCGCCAUCUGAGUUAGAUGACUUUGAUCUUAUUUCAGAUGCUCCUUCGGAUUCAGCAACUGCAAACCCUAAACGCACCAAACUGAUCAUAAUCUACACACUUGUAAUAAUGUUCUUUAGAAAUGUUUCAUUCUAGUAUUCCCUUUGUUAUUACAUUGAUAGAUCUGCUGAUACAUCAGUUCCUUGCUUUCCAAUUGCUUUCCAAGACAAAGUUUAAGGUGCACAAAAGAAACAACAAAAAAACACAAAAGUUUAAAAGUUCAUAAGCUUGAUAUUAUUUAGUUUUCAACAAUAUAUAUAACUAAAUUAUAAUACAUUACUACAACAUUGUUGUUCUGGAAGUGUU